AUGACAGCACUUUACACUAUUGCUCAGGCACUCUUUAUCUUUGCAAUAAUCCUUUUUGCUUUAAGUCGAACAGAUCUUUCCGCCUUGACUUUGGAACCACCUCCAAAAUAUAGGGUAAGAAUCAAUGAUUGCAUGAAAAAGAUAGAGUCGAACCCAACGAAGAAUGUUCAAUUGAACUUUGGUGCUUGGAAAAAUGGUGCCGUUAGGAGGAAUAUGAUUUUGGCAAGUUCAAGGCCUUGUGAGUAUACAAACGGUCGUGGUAAAAAUAACAGAAUUUCCAUUGGACAAUCAGAUAAACUUAACAGACAAGAGUUCAUAAACAAUUUGGUCCCACAAUUUAGAAAACAGAAAAGGAUUCUCUUUGGGUUUUUUCAUCCUUAUUGUAACGCUGGUGGUGGUGGAGAGAAAGUGCUUUGGAAAGCUAUUGAAUCGACUCUAUCAAAAAAUGAUGACAACAUUGCGCUGGUUUACACAGGUGACUUAGAUGCCAGUGUUGAUGUGAUUUUACAAAAUGUUCGCAACCGUUUUGAUUACAAUUUGGACAAGGACCGUAUUGUUUUCAUAUACUUGAGUAAGAGGAGAUUCGUAGACAGCAAAAUGUGGCCACAUUUAACCCUUUUAGGGCAAGCGGUUGGGUCCAUUUUACUAACUUUAGAGGCAAUUUUAAAAUGCCCGCCUGAUGUCUGGUGUGACACCAUGGGAUAUCCUUUUGGAUAUCCAAUUGUGAAUUUUUUUACCAAGAUCCCAAUCGUCACAUAUACUCAUUAUCCUGUUAUCUCUUCUGAUAUGUUAAAUAAGUUGAAGAAUACUAAUUCUCAUAAUCUGAGAACUUUUCUGAAGUACUGCUAUUGGAAAGCGUUCAUGCUUGCUUACAAAUUUGUCGGUUCAUUUGUUACCAUUGCAAUAACCAAUUCAACUUGGACCUGUAACCACAUCAAGCAAAUAUGGUCAUCCUCUGAACCAAGAAUAAUUUAUCCGCCAUGUUCAACGGAAAAGCUAAUUGUUAAUGAUUCAAAGUGGAAUAGAAAGAACCAGGCCGUAGUGAUUGCACAAUUUAGACCCGAAAAGAGACAUGAAUUGAUAAUAAAGUCCUUUGCACAGUAUUUGGCGGCAACGGAAGAUGUAUCGGAAUCUCCUACUCUUAUCUUGAUAGGAUCUACUAGAUCUCAGGAAGAUAAAGACUACGUCGCAUAUUUAAAUAAACUGGCUACAGGAGAAUUCAAAAUUCCAACGAGUUUAAUCGAAUUCCAUACGGAUUGUCCCUACUCCGCCAUCCAAAAGUAUUUGAAAGAAUCUUCUUAUGGUAUUAAUGCUAUGUGGAAUGAACACUUUGGCAUUGCUGUCGUUGAAUAUAUAGCUUCAGGGCUAAUACCAAUGGUCCACGCUUCUGCUGGACCGUUGCUUGAUAUUGUAGUACCUUGGGACACUACAAGGAAAGAGCAGGCCAAGCAUAAUACAACAGAAACAAGGACGGGCUUUUUUUUCAGAGAUAAAACUGACCCAGAUUUCAAAGACGUUUCGGACAGUAACAAAUAUCCUGAUUUAAGCGAAUUAUUUGUAACGGUGACCAAUUUAACAGAUGAAGAGAAGUUUUCAUUAUCUAAGCGUGGUAGAGAAUGUGUCUUGUUCAAGUUUUCAGAUAUGAAGUUCAAUCAAGAUUGGACAGAGGUUCUGAUACAAUUGGAAAGUUUUGUUAGACAAGUGAACGAGAGUAAAAAGAAUCUUUGA